AUGACAGAGAAGGAUACGUGGAAGCUAAUAACUGCCACUGCACUCUUCACUGUAGCAGUGACGACGAUUGCAGAUUGUGCUUGGACUAGUUGGCAAACACAAGGGAAGGCAAUUGCGCAACAAAAAAACAAGAAUAAAGGCGGUCAAACGAAACCCGACAUGGGUAAAUAUCAUCAGUAUGACGAACAAUUUAUUCGCCAAUCUUUGAGAAACAAUGUUGACUUUCUUGGCGAAGAUACGAUCGAAAAACUAUCCAAUCAAUUUGUUGUCGUAGUGGGAGCAGGUGGAGUUGGUUCUUGGGUGGUCAACUCUUUGGUACGUUCGGGAUGCCGAAAGAUCAGAGUCGUCGAUUUUGAUCAAGUUUCUCUAAGUUCACUAAAUAGACACAGUUGUGCUAUACUAAACGAUGUUGGUACCCCAAAAGUGGAAUGUCUACGAAGGCAUAUGCGAGAAAUUGCACCAUGGUGUGACAUUGAUCCGAUUAAUGAAUUAUGGACCCUAGAGAAUGGCGAAAGAUUGACCCUUGGAAAUGGAAUACCUGACUUUAUCGUCGACUGUAUUGAUAAUAUUGAUACGAAGGUCGACUUACUCGAGUUUGCCUACAAUCAUGGCAUCAAAGUGAUCUCUUCCAUGGGUGCUUCCGCAAAAAGUGACCCUACAAAACUUAAUGUGGGGGACUUGGCCACUACAGAGGAAGAUCCUCUUGCAAGGGUAGUAAGAAGGAAACUGAAGAAAAGAGGUAUCUUAUCUGGUAUUCCUGUAGUAUUUAGUGCCGAAAAACCAGAUCCGAAGAAGGCUAAAUUAUUGCCCUUACCAGAUGAAGAAUAUGAAAGAGGGAAGGUUGACGAACUGAGCGCCCUAAAGGAUUUCCGUGUAAGAAUCCUACCUGUUUUAGGUACUAUGCCAAGUUUGUUCGGAUUGACCAUCACUACAUGGAUUUUAUCCAAUAUAUCCGACAAACCUUUAGAACCUGUUGAGGGUAAAAAUAGAAUUAAAGUAUACGAUGGUAUAUACCAAUCAUUAGCCGGUCAAAUGAGCAGAGUCGGUAUACCAAGCCAACGAAUUCCAUUGGCUUUGAAGGAUGUUAGUUACCUCGUCGAAGAGGUGUUCAAGGGUAAAUCUCCAAUCAGCGGUAUUUCUACUAGACUAACGUUAACUAAAUGGGAUCCCUCCAAGCCUAUUUCUUUGCAAAACGUUGUGGUAUUAACAAAAAGCGAACAAAAAGUACAUGAAGACCGUGUUUUGAAUGGUAAUGAAAGUCUACAAGAUGUUUAUGGUGUCAAAGUUCUAGAACUGGUCUCACAAAGAUUCAAAGAAGAAGCUUACUACUCUCAAUUCAGAUGA